AUGAAUAAUAUAAAACACAUCAAAGAAAAGCCUUCCUUUUGGAAAAAGCUAGGCUUAGGAAAGGUGAGCCAUAAAAAAUCAGAAGUAGAUCAGACAUCUGUCAAGAGCAAAAAGUUGAGCCAUGCACCCUCCCUACAACAGCUGUCUUCUUCUUCUUCACCACCCGCUCCUACACCCAUCUCUACCUAUUCCACCACCUUCAUUUCACGGUAUGAGCAGCAAACACCGCCCAUGCCUGCUGUACCACGCAAAAGCAGUCUAAAGCAUGCUGUUACGAUCAAAAGCACCACGACGCCUCCUGCGCUUCCUGUGAUGGGACAACAGCAAGGAAAGGACGACAGUGAUUCCGAAAACGAAAGACUGAAUGCACGUAUCAUCACCAGCGAGCAGCCUCAGGUUACACCGCUCACCACCCUCAAGCCUGUUGCUCGUACAAAAUCAUCGCUCUCCUCCACUUCCGCUGCUACCACAACCACUACAACUACCACGCCACCUUCCACGACCACCUCUACCGUCACUCCUUCCACCACCUCCUCUGUAUCACAUGAUGAUAAUAAAAAAAGAAACCAUAAACACAAAAAACAAAGACAACCACUGCAGCCUGUUGACAACCUUGGGCCACUCAAGACAACCAUGGCCGUCAUGACCCACGACAAGGACACCCCAACCGCAGGAAAAGAACAGGAAGAAGAAGAAGAAGAACAAGAAGGAAAAAUCAUGGCUUCCUUUGUGAUGAUUGAAAAUGACACAACAAAGACAGUGCCAACAACAACAACAACAACACCCACGGAGCGAAAAAGCCAUCCAGAAGAAGAAAAACAUCAAGAAGGCCGAAACAAAGACAAUGACGGUCUGUGGCAAAUCAUCGCUCACUUGAGAAAAGAGUUAGAAAAUGAAAAAGCAACGGUCCAAGCACUACAAAAGCAGAAAGAGGCCGUGGCAAAAGAUUUGGAUUACUUUGAAAUGACCGUCGAUGAAUUAUAUGCUGAAAAAACGCAGUUAACUCAGCAGCUGGAGGACGAAAAGGCCAAAAGUCAAGGUCAUUUGGAAGAAUUGAAUAUCGUAUUAGAGAAAAUGAAAUCAAACGCAGAUAAUGCAAGAGACAAAUCAUUUGCAUUGGAUCAAGUGAACCUAGAACUCAAGAAAGCGCAAGAGGAGAAUAAGGAUGUGCACCAACAAAUAAAAAAGAAAGACAAAUCACUUUCGGAACUAAAAAAACAAUUAAAAAAAUCGCAAGAACACACUGAACGUCUGAAAGAGACAAACGACAGUUUGAAUAAGGAAUUGCUCGAAUGGAAGGAUCAAUAUGGUCUCCUUCAAAAAGAAACAGAAAUCCUUAAAGCACAAUUGGAGCAACAACAACAAAAGCAGCAGCUAGAGCAGCAGCAGCAAGAGCAGCAGCCUGCGACCGCAUCAGAAGUUCAACACUUGGAAAUUGAACCUGACCAAAGACAAAAUUUUGCAAUUCAUGGCCUUGACAUACCAACCACACGUACGCCAAAGAAAUCGAAACUGCUACAGAAGAAUAAAAAGAACGCAUCAGCAACACCAAAAGAUCAGAACGAUGCGUUAGAUAACGAGCUAGACAAGCUACUGAAAGAGAAAGAAAAGAUACCUUUGUCUGGAGGUGGUCAUCAAUCUCGUCGACGCAAAGAAGAGUUGGAAGAAAUGCUAGACCAAGUAGAUUCACAAUUAAGUAGAGUAAAGCAAAAACUCAAACGAUCGUAA